AUGAGCCGGCAGAGCCCGGCAUGCAAUGCCGGUGACCUUUGUUUGCAGCAGAGCAGUCUCUGGUGGAGCAGAUCAGUCCCUGUUGCGAUAUGCCGGAGACACUUCGAUCUCCGUCAUAGGGAGAUACUUCAGUCUCCGUGUAUUCAUCAGCGGCUGUCCCCUCCAUUGCAUCGUCCAGAUCCCAUCAUGGGGAUGUACCUUAAACCUUCAACCCGGAACCAUCGCUCGAAUGCUGCAAUUGUGACCGUGGACAGGAUUUACCGCACAUGUCAUCUCAUUCCCGAGUAUGGAGCAGAGAUUAAUCCCAUUAUGCCGAAACAUAACGCACUGGAUGUUACUUCACAGUUUAUGAUAAUUCGUACAUCUCUGUUGACCUGCAUGCAUUCCUAA